GAAAAAAAGUGGUUAAUUAUAAUGCAUGUUUUAUUAACUGCUAUGCCAAAUAAAAAUUUGUUACCAAUACAAACCGCCGGUAAAAAUUCGAGCUUUAAAUAUAACUUUAAUUAAUUUUAGAUAAAAAAACAAGUACGAUCUAACAUAUCUGUUUAAGGUACCGUUUGUAGAUAAAUUAUUAGACACUAACUAUUUACUUAACUACAAUAUUAUAGCUCGAAGAAAAAUCAAGUCUGAACUGUUAUCUACUUAUUGCUGGACUUGAAGUGUUUACAUAUAACAUUGCAGAAAUACGCUCUCUACAGAUGUUUAGUCAACGCCGCUGCAGCUACUGCUUGUAGCUGUUGUGUAAGUAACACUUCAUAAUCUGACUGAUUAUUAAACUGUUUACUAACAGUGAUUUCUAUAAUGAGUAAAUAAACUAUUAUGAAUCAUAGUUUCUUUUACAGUCUUCUAUUAUGAAAUUCUUCAUUGUUAUAAUUUUUUACUCAAGUUGUGUACACUUAAAAAAAUCAAAUAAAGUACACUUUUUAAUUUGUUUAAAAAAAUUCUGUAUUUAUCGAAGAAAGUUAAAAGAAAGGUUUAAAAUGACUUUAUUUAAUUUUUCUAUUUUAAUUUGACUUGCUAUGCAUCGGACGACCAACUUAACGCUGAAAACCGCACGUGCUUAUAACGAACACGGGUACCAACUUCUAACUAUUGAGAGAUGAUGACAGUAUUGACAGUAAACACAUCAAUCGCUAAUCAGUGCAGAAACGAUGUUUAUUGUCGCAUGAUAUCGAAGUUAUGAUUAGUAAAUAAAUUGUAGUUUACUAAUAAUAUCAACUAACUACUUUUGAAAAAAAGGAAUCUUACUUUUACGUCAAAAUUCAAGGCCUAUUAUCGCAAGCGACUAAUGGCUAGACCAUCACCAAAUAGUACACAAUAUGACUCAAUCGCUUCUUAUAUGGAUGGUGUGCAAGUGAAAAUAACCAAUAAAUAUCAGUCGCCGCCAAAUUUAGUUUUUCCAGAAGAAUAUUAUGUUAAACCACCUGAUCCAUCUAGAUACACAUACAACUUUAACUUGGAAAAAAAUGUCCUGGCAAAAAUGGAAGCAUGGCGAAAAGCGCGUGCAUCAUAUGUUGAAGCUCGAAAAGCAAAAAUAGAAGAAAAAUUAAUGAAAGCUACAGAAAAAUCUUCUCCAUCUUCUUCUAGCACAAAUUUAUCUCAGACUUCUGUAACUGCUACUUCAUCAGAAUCACCACUAUUUUCACCUCAGAUUAUGUCUCUUCCAGAUAAAAAUCACUUCUUUCCCAUGAAAACAAAUGGAUUAGAUUAUUCAGAUUUUGAUACUGAUACCAGCAGUCCUUUUGAUAAUAUGGAAUUAAAAACGAUCAAUGAUAUGGAAGCUCUUGCUGAGGUUCUGCAACCUGUCACACUAUCUUGGAAACCCUCAUCUAAUUUAGAAGCUGCAAUGAAAGAUUUAACUGUUGAGCAAAAUAAUGAAGAUUUGAAAGAAACAAGCGCAACAUUUAAAAAUAAUUCAGAAGCAGACAAUAUCUCUAAUCCACUUACAAAUCCAAAGUAUCAUGAAAUAUCAUUAAUAAUGCAAGAAUUACAAAAAGAACUGGAUAGACCAAAUAAAAAUAAUGUAGAAUCUGAGUGUAAUCUAGAAAGUGCUUCAACUUCUAAAAAUGAAUCAUCAGAAAAAUCAAUAGAUGGAAAAGAUGUUUCAAGAUUGAUAUCAGCUCUUUCUGUAGAUGAAAAAAAAUUAGUGAAAUACUUCAGUGAUAUGGGAUUUUCACUGAGGCGUGUUGUACAUGCUAUUGGUGAAUUGCCAGGAGAAGAGAGCAAAAAGAUAUUAGAAUAUUUAUUAGCCAUACAAUCUCUUGAAGAUUUAGGAAUUUCUGAAGAGGCUGCUAUAAAAGCUCUUGCUCUUACUCAACACGAUCAACAGAAAGCCAAAGAAUAUCAUAAAAAUUUACGUAUCCUUCAAGACCUAGGUUUUCCUGAAGAUAAAGCAUCUGCAGCACUUUUAAAGAGUAAUAUGGACAGAGAUAGUGCUCUAGAUCUGUUAAUAUCUUAGUUCCGUUGAAAUGAAAUAUACUGUAAAUAGCUAUAUUGAAGAAACCUUCAUACAAAUACUACAAAUUAACAUUAUGGAUGAAAAUAAAUUAAAAAUGUAUGAUUAGUUAAACUUUUUUCGUGCUUGUUAAAUACUUUAAAUGUGACUAUUUUAGAAAAAUGUUUAUAUAUUUUUAAA